AUGGCAGAACGCAACACGCAGGUGAUUGCGAUCGCCACGACUACCGCCAUUGCCUUCAUAUCGGGUUUCAUGCUCGGUGUCUACUCGAUCCGCGGCUACCUUAUCUCACCUGCCCUGGCCGAGGAGCGCCGGCGCAACAUUCAGGACCCCGAGGAGAGCGAGGAGUCGGACAUUGACGAGGCCGACACCAUAUUAGACCAUGCGCCUAACUGGGCAAACGGCGCCGAAGCGGACCGGAGACAAGGCCUGAAGGUGCAGGACGGAGCCAAUAUCACCAAUGCCCAGAGGCAAAAGAAACCGUCGCCACCGGCCGCAGACAUCGUCGACAAAAACGAGGAGUGCAAGCUUGUGCUUGUGGUUCGGACAGAUCUUGGAAUGACCAAAGGCAAGAUCGCGGCACAGUGCGGCCACGCCACGCUGGCGUGCUACAAGAGCCUGACCAAGGCCGCGCAGAAGAAGGGAGACUCGUCGCCCGAGGCCCGCCUGUUGGCGCGCUGGGAGCGGCACGGGCAGGCCAAGAUCGCAGUGCAGACUAAGAGCCAAGAUGAGAUAUUGGAGCUGAUGGGUAAAGCGCGGAGCCUGGGCGUCACGGCCGAGGUCAUUGCCGACGCCGGCAGGACACAAAUCGACGCUGGUAGCCUGACUGUGCUGGGCGUGGGCCCGGCGCCCAAGAGCCUGGUCGACCAGGUCACUGGCCAAUUGAAACUGCUAUGA